AUGGAAUUAUAUUUUCAAAUCAAAUCAGAUUACAUGAAUGAUGGGGUUUCUCAAACCGUGAAAUUAAUUAUAUGGAAUAUUCUGAGAAAUCCAAAUAUACCUUGUGAAAUUAGAAAUCAAUCUCUUUACAGACUUUUGGUGGGCGUAUGUGAAGAAUUAAUAUUCAAUGAGAUUGAAGCUGUAUAUUGAAGUAUUUUCUUACUCCCCCCCCUCCGUGAGUGAGCAAAACCUUUAGAAAAAACCCCUAUUUUUUGCCCAAAAGCCCACCUCCCAUGAGCGAACAAAAAUUUUUUAAUAGAAAAAUUAUUUAUGAAAAAAAAAUUGAUAUAUAGGUGAUAAUUAUUAUAAUGAAAUCUAUAGCUAAUUCUGUUUAAUUUUAAAAAUUUGCGUUUUAAUACAAAUUAAAUUAAAAGUUUGGUUUUCCAAUUUUUACGAAUUAGGAUUUUUUUAAAAUUUCCAAAAAAAAAAUUAACCCCCCUCCGUGAGCAAACAAAAUUUUUUUGUUCACUCACGGAUGGAAGAGUUAGAAGAUUAUGUAUGAACUGAAAUAGAUGAUUCAUUACAUGAUUUAUUAUUAUUUAGUGGGUUUGCGGUAAAAAAGGAAAUAUGCGACUCUGUGGAGCCUUUUUUGUUUUAUCUUGAGACUUCCCAUGACAAAUUUUUAAUAAGUUAUGAAAUCUGAGAGCAAAAUCAUUCCCCAUUUAUACAGAUUGGUAUCUUGGAGUUGAAUUCCAAGUACCAAAAACUUACAUCUUUUGAUAAUAGAGACAGCGGCGAGCUCUUUAAUUUCAAUUUUUAUGUUGACGACAUCCUUCAUGCAUGUCCUCCAUAUUCAAUUCCUGAACUGAAAGCUGAAGCUGAUGAUAAAAAAGAUGAAAAUGAAAGAGCAGAAUCUUUCAGAUCAAACUCCUUUUCACUUUUUUUUGAAAAUAAACGAAUGUCGUCGUCUGAUAAUUUAUUACCAUAAAUAAAAUGGCAUUCGGUUUGAGUGAAAUUGGCUUCGCCAAUUUUCUCUCCUCAAGCAAUUUUUAUUUAUGGGGUUAGUUACCUCGAGAACUUUUGCACAACAAUAGCGGUUUAAACUCUGGGGAUAGCCAGAGGAACAGCUCCUCAGUGCACUCAAGAGGCUCAGAGUUUUUACCUUUCUGCACAUCUCUACGGGACCCCUAGGCGGAGCACGCGCUGAGUAAGGCAAGGUAUUGACAACGCGCCGGGGGAGACGUGCAGCGAAGACUGGCGGCGAAGCUUUGAUAGAAGGUUUGGGCGAUGGGCUGACCUUCGUGAAUGCAAGAUGGCUCGGUGAUGUCACUAGUUUAGCUAUAUCCCUUUUAUAAGGGUGCAGCACUAGACACCUUAAACACAAGAUAAUAAGUAAGUAAGAUAAUUUAUUACCAGAUUUAGCUACAAAUGCUAGCACUGGACAAAGUUCACUUGUGUACAACCCAGGGCUGCUUCAAAAGAUUGACAGCAUCUGUAAUGUUUAUUUGAACGUUGAUAUUCCCAAAAUUGUAACCGAUCCGUCAAAAACAAAGAAAAAGAGAAGUUCAUUAUUAUCGCUGUUGUCAGAUUCAGCCCAAAACUAA